AUGUCUCAUUCUAGCGAAGCCAUUGGCGCGUCCACGCGCUCCCUGCAUGCCGAUGAUGCCUUGAACCUUGUUAAGGAUGUCGCUCCUCCUAUGCAUCUCUCUACUACAUUUCGUUAUUCCAAUGAUCCAAACCAGCUAGUACCGGCUACUGAUGCCACCCCUGCCGACUUUGAUCCAACCUCCCAUAUCUACUCGCGCAUGUCCGCACCAAAUCCUACCCGUUUCGAGACAAUCCUCUCCUCUCUCCUCCACGGUCAAGUUAUAAGCUAUUCCUCCGGCCUAUCAGCCCUACACGGCGCCCUUACGCUCCUCAACCCCCGCCGCAUUUCCGUCGGCGAUGGUUACCACGGCUGUCACGGCGUCAUCGCCCUCUUCACCCGCCUAACAGGCCUGCAAAAGCUGCCCCUAGACUGCUCACCCGACCAACUCGAAAAGGGAGACGUAAUCCUCCUCGAAACACCCGUCAACCCCCAAGGCACCGCCUUCGAUAUCGCCUCCUACGCCGCCAAAGCCCACGCCCGCGGCGCAUACCUUAUCGUCGACAGCACCUUCGCCCCACCCGGCCUGCAAGAGCCAUUCCAGUUCGGCGCAGAUAUUAUCAUGCACUCAGGCACCAAGUACUUCGGCGGCCACAGCGAUAUGCUGUGCGGUGUCCUCGCUACAAACCGCGACGACUGGGCCGCACAACUGAAAUCCGACCGUCUCUUCAUCGGAACUGUCAUGGGUAGCAUGGAGGGCUGGCUCGGUGUCCGCAGUCUGCGUACCCUCGAGAUCCGCGUCCAGCGCCAGAGCGAGAAUGCCGCCCGUCUCAUUUCCUGGCUCGAUGCUGCUUUGCAUGCGUCUAGUCCCCCGUCUGACAGUGACGAGGCCGCUGUGCAGGCUGUUCUUGGUGAGGUUUUCCAUGCUAGUCUGCAGAAGGUUGAGGGUGACUGGUUGAAGAAGCAGAUGCCUAAUGGGUUCGGGCCUGUUUUCUCGAUCGUUAUGAAGGAGAUGCGCUUCGCUCGCGAGUUGCCGAGUAAAUUGCAUUUCUUUCAGCAUGCUACUAGUCUGGGUGGUGUUGAGACACUUAUUGAGUGGAGGACUAUGACGGAUGCGACGGUUGAUCGGAAGUUGUUGAGGAUUAGUAUUGGGUUGGAGAAUUGGGAGGAUUUGAAGGCUGAUAUGGCGAGGGCAUUUCGUGAGCUUGCGAAGUAG